CUUCCUUCCGCUCGUGUUCAGCCCGCUCUGAGACUGCUAGCGGACUCUCCACUCUUUAUAGAUUAGCAGGGUAGUUCAUUUUACCGCUGCGGAGUAGGGGGUGUGUUUGAUUGUUUUAUGGUUAUGUCAGUGAAAGGAUUGUAUAUUAACGUGGUUAUAUAAUUUAUCAGGUCUUAAUCGUUUUUUAGUUCCGUUAAUACUUAACAUGGUAGCUGUAAUAAGCUGUCAUGCUAGCCAAAUAUAUAAGGGUUGUAGCUAGUUAGCCAUGCUAGGCUAGGUAAGCUUGGACAUCUAGUCAUGUCACAUCAGUAACACAACGUUAGUCGUUAAGUACAGAAGUAUCAGCUCUUUUACUAGCACUGGUUAACUAGAUAAAGUGUUUCUACCAGCUGGUUAGCUAGCUAGCAACAUCACUAACAAUUGGAUUCUUCUGGAAAUGGUUGUCGCCCUCAUGUGCACAUGGAGAAGGAGGCCUUUGAGGGAUGGCUGGAGUCGGUCUCCACCUCCUUCUUGGCACUGAAUGACCAGCAACGCAAUCAGCUGCUGGACCACCUGAUCUCUCUGAGUGGCGCUGCUCAACUCCGCCACCUUUCCAAUGGACUGGAGACACUACUGAAGCGUGACUUCCUGCGCCUUCUACCCCUGGAGCUGGCCUUCUACCUGUUGCGUUGGCUUGACCCUCAGACGCUGCUGACUUGCUGCCUGGUGUGCAAGCAAUGGAACAAAGUAGUCAACGCCUGCACCGAAGUGUGGCAAGGCGUGUGCAGGGACCUGGGCUGGCGAAUUGACGACUCCAUCCAGGAGGCUGGCCACUGGAAACGCGUCUACCUUAAGGCCAAGCAUCGCAUGAAACAGCUGCGAGAGGAGGAUGCAUUCGAGACAAGCUCCUUGAUUGGGCACAGUGCUCGGGUGUACGCCUUGUACUACAAAGAUGGCCUCCUCUGCACAGGCUCUGAUGACCUGUCAGCCAAACUGUGGGAUGUCCGCACUGGCCAGUGUAUCUACGGCAUCCAGACACACACCUGUGCUACUGUGAAGUUUGAUGAGCAAAAACUAGUGACUGGGUCUUUUGACAACACCAUUGCAUGCUGGGAGUGGAGUACAGGUGCCAAAAUCCAGCAGUUCCGUGGACACACUGGUGCAGUGUUCAGCGUCGACUACAAUGAUGAGCUGGACACGCUGGUCAGCGGUUCUGCAGACUUUACUGUCAAAGUGUGGGCCCUGUCAGCCGGAGCAUGUCUCAACACACUCACUGGGCACACAGAGUGGGUCACUAAGGUACUCCUGCAGAAAAGUCAAGUGGAGUCCAUGAUGCACAGCCCUGGUGACUACAUCUUACUGAGCUCAGAUAAAUAUGAAAUCAAGGUGUGGCCUAUAGGGCGAGAGAUCAACUGUAAGUGCUUGAAGACUCUGUCUGUGUCUGAGGAUCGCAGUGUGUGUCUGCAGCCCCGUCUACAGUUUGACGGACGCUACAUUGUUUGCAGUUCAGACCUUGGCGUCUACCAGUGGGACUUUGCCAGCUUUGAUGUGCUAAGAGUUAUCAAACCACAGCAAGACCCAGCCAGUCCCUCCCUUCUCAGCUUUGGUGAGGUGUUUGCUCUGCUGUUUGACAACCAUCACUUGUAUGUAAUGGACCUGAGGACUGAAGCCAUCACAGGGCGCUGGCCGCUGCCAGCCUACCGCAAAUCCAAAAGAGGCUCCAGUUUCCUGCCAGGCAUCACAUCAUGGCUCAAUGGCUUUGAUGGCAAGAACGAUGCAGGCCUGGUGUUCGCCACCAGCAUGCCUGACCAUAGCAUUCAUCUGGUUCUGUGGAAGGAGAACGGCUAAACAGAGAAACGAGCAUGAGCCAGCUUUAUUGACAACAGGGACGCUACACAAAAAAGGGUGCUCUUGAUUUCAAAAACCUGCAGCUUAGAUAUUGCAUGGACCAAAGUCUUUAUUUCCUCUUCUCAGUUUCUGCUCUUGGCUAUUAGUUUUAAAAACAAACUGGGUUUUUUUUUUUUCUUCAGUUGGUCAAGUAAAAAAUGUUCUUGCACAUUCUGACAUGUCUUCUGAAGUGUGGUGUUCGGAUAUAACACGGAUAGCAGGUGAAUCCUUGAAGAAGAUGCUCGUUGGGUUGAACCUCUUUUUGCCCUGAUUGUUAUUCAAAAGUAAAAGCAACUGUAAAUCGAGCACUUAACUGAACAGUAACGUCCUGCUGCAGCACAAUCAUCCAAAUUCAUGAAAACAUGAACUUCUAAAAUCAUUUGUCUUUGUGUUUUUUUUUUGUUUUGUUUUGUUUUGUUUUUUAACCCAAAGUUGAUGGAUCUAAAUUUGUUUUCACAAUACAGGAUAAGAAGAUUGCCUUAAUUUCUUGCUUUCCUUUUAAGAAGGAAGAAUUUUGUAGAUGGCCAUGCCCAUGCACUGUGGCAUGUCACGCGUGUGGUAUUUCUUAUGGGAUAAAUUGCGACUGUUUCGGUUGGUUUGUAUGUCAGCCAUUAUGUUUUACUAAUAUUGACCCUUCAGCUUUCACUUGAAAUUAGUCAUGUGCCUUUUUCCUUUUAACACUUUAAUACCUGCAGGUAUGUUAUGAAAGUUGUUGAAGUUCAUUAGUACAAUCUUUACUGGAACAAGUUCAGUAUGAAAGGUAUAUUUAUUUUUAACUUUUUCAUUAUUUUUAACCCAAAAUAAUCACUACCACAGUAUGUACUCCUUACCGUUCUGCAGAAGCUUUCACUUAAAAAUGCUCCAUGUGAAUCUCAAUGUUUUUUUUUCUUCUUUUUUUUAAAUAAAAAGACUAAUCAACAUCAUUAGAAGGUUAAUGUUAUUUUAAACAGAAUGCUUUAGUUCUACAGGACCCAUAGAUGUACAAAGAAAUUUUCACUUUUUUAACUUGUAUCAAAGUUCAUGGACAAACAUUAACCUAAAACACUUCUGUCUUUUGAUAGCUGUUCUCUAGUCAGGCUUGAUAGUUGGUUUCAGUAGUGCUAGUCUUCUUAGAACAUCAGGGGAAGCCUUUUUUGCUUUUAGGGCAUUACCAGUGGAACCUUGGCUAUAACCUUCACAUUGCAUGGUUUAUCACAUCACGUCUUUAAAAAUAUAGACCUCACUGUAACAUUCAACCAGGCCACUGUAGACCAUAAUGCCAUCAAUUCACAAUUAGCACAUUUUCUGGUUUGUUGGUUGUAUAUAUAAUAUGCCGUCUUUCAAAUAAAUGAAAAUAGCUAAAAGAAGAAGCUGUUUUGUUUUUUUUCCUCCUCACACAAUGAAUGCUGAAUAUACAGUGACUAAAAUGGGAGUAUUUUCCAUCUGAGCUCAAGUCUGUGAAAUCUGUGUUUUAUGUGCAGAAUUUCUAUUAACCUGCCAGUUUUUGUUUGUGAAACAAGGGCUGGGUUUUAAAUGGCACACUUGAUUCCCCAUAUUCCUGCUAAUAAUAAACUAAAAAUUAGCAUUGUUUCACUACAGAAUUGUUAUAAAUUUAGUUUUUGUACAGUGCAUACAGUUUGUUGUGCAAAAUGUAUUGUAACUUAUUGUGAUUAAAGCCAGAGAUUAUUCACAAAACACUGUAAAAGAUGAAAAACCACUUUAGCUUUCAUUUGUAAAGAAGCGUUCAGUGUAAAUACAGCAAUGGUAUAACUAGCAGAAAUAAUACAUUUUCAGGUUCUUAUCAAUUUUGCAUGUCUUUAGAGUGGAGGAGGAAACCUGAGUGCCUGGUGGAAACACCUGAGGAGCAGGGAGAACAUGCAAACUCCACACACAUGCUAUUUUCAUUUUAAUGUGGCACUGGAGGAUUAAAAUACACAGGGUCAUGCUGCUAUUAGAAAAUGUUCAGAUUUAGGAAGGUAACUAAUCAUACCUCCACUUUGUUAAUCAUUUAGCUUUAACACACCCAGUGUGUUUUAUUCUUUACAUGGCAUAAGAUUGAAAGUAACAAGCUCUGCAUCUGUUGCUAAUAGCUAGCAGGUAAGGUUUGCUUUGUCCCACAAGUGGCAAAUACCCUCAGAAAUAAAACCUGGCUAAUCCAUUCCAUAUUAAAAUGGCCAGAAGUUUGAGGGUUCAUAACACUGUGGCACCUGAAAGCUUCUGAUGCCAGCAUUUAACUACUACAUUUAAAACUCUACAUUUAUAGAAUUUAUAGUAUCUUCAUAAAGUCCAAAUGUAAAAAUUCCUGUUAUUUAGUGGCAUCACCCCCACUGUCUGCUGCCACACAACACACUGAGCACCUUACUUAUGUCUAAUCUGUAUAUACUGUAUCUUUUUAUUUAUUUUUUAUUGGAUUUUUAUCAUUUUCAUUCUUUUUGU